AUGGAUGAAACUGGCAAUUUACUUGAAACUACGUUUUCGACCGUGGUUUUAUUUUUGCAUCUAAAAAAAAAAAUUCAUUUUACAUCAAUGAAGCAUACCUGGUUUCGUGAAAUCAUUGUUAAAAUUUUAAUCCCGUAUACCUUUGUUACACGACAAUUAUUUUACUCAAGUUUAAAAAAUAUAGUGGUUACUUUCUGA